UUGUGGUAUGAGGUCUGUGUAGCGGAAUGAGGCAGCAGUGCUUAAAACACCAUUUGAUGAUGUGACUUAACUAUAACGUGGUAGCACAGGAGUGAGAACUUUGCUUUGCUUUCCUUGUUUGUUCGUCCGUGAGAUGCGAAUGAGUGCAGUCGCUCGUCCUUACUGAAAAGUGGAAGAAGUCGCCUGGAAAUCAAGAAAGUGCCAAAUGCCAAGACUAGAGCAACACUGCUGGAGCUGUUCCUGUUCAGCAAGGGUGAAGUCUGAGAACAUUUCAAGUGCAAGCUGGUUCGCGUCUAAAGUUGUGGAAAUGAUGACCAUCAUCACGACCAUCCUCGGCAGUGCUUAUGGCUCCCUGCACAACAUACGAACAGCCAAUUUGAUCAGGCGCGGUCUUGUCCUCUUCACGGUGGGAGUUUUCCUGGCUUUAGUGCUCAACUUGCUGCAGAUACAGAGAAAUGUCACCUUAUUCCCGGAGGAGGUGAUCGCCACGCUGUUCUCAUCUGCAUGGUGGAUUCCGCCUUGCUGCGGCACAGCUGCCGCUGUUGUAGGGCUGCUGUACCCGUGCAUUGAUGACCAUCUGGGGGAGCCACACAAGUUCAAGAGAGAAUGGGCCAGUGUCAUGCGAUGCAUUGCAGUAUUUGUUGGCAUCAACCACGCAAGUGCUAAAUUAGACUUUGCCAACAACAUCCAGCUGUCCCUCACCUUGGGAGCUCUCUCACUGGGUCUGUGGUGGACCUUUGAUAGAUCCAGGAGUGGUUUUGGGCUCGGAAUCACCAUAGCCUUCCUUGCCACACUGAUCACUCAGUUUCUGGUCUACAACGGCGUCUAUCAGUAUACAUCGCCAGAUUUUCUGUACAUUCGUUCAUGGCUGCCAUGCAUAUUCUUCUCUGGCGGAGUAACUGUUGGAAAUAUUGGACGCCAGCUAGCUAUGGGCAGUGUGGAGAAACCUCACAACGACUAGGCGAAACGAAAGGGAGAGACUCAGUGCCAAUGCGGAGAAGCUGAACGUGGAGACCCCGGGACUCACCAUUUCUGACAUUUCAGAGAAGCGCGCGGUCUUAGUUAUGACCCGCUUGAGGAACAAAACGGAAGGUCAGGACUUUGUUGAACAAGCGUGCCAAUACUACAGAGGGGUUCCGAACCUCACUGCGGCCAAAAGGUCCCCCUGUCCCUCACUCUCACUGGUUCAGCUUACCCUCCAGCAUUUAGCAGACCGUUACUCAACCUCUUACUCUCUGUAAGGAAGUUAACCAGUUUCAGUUUAAUGACAUAAGAAAGAACAGCGACUGGUUUGGGGUUUUUUUUUUUUUUUUUGAGCAGGAACAGGUCUAAAAAAGAAAAAAGGCGGUGCUACAACGUGUGCUUUUUUGCAUGGGUGCAAAUUGUUCACGAAAGGGAAACAUUUCAGGGCUGUGCAAAAAUGUCUUAAAAGAUCUUAACUUGUCUCCGCACUUAGAUUUCACUGACAAAUUAGGCUUAUUUGUCAACACUUGCAGCAUUGGUCAGAAUGCUGUGUGGUCUGAAAAUAUUCUGAGUGUCAGACUGCAAAAAGGAGUAUUACAGUAUGCAGCACAUGAAUAUCUGAGGUAUCAGUAGGAUUCAUUUCGUCAGGUAGCAACCACACAGAAAUCUGUUAAUACAAAUGCAAAGAUGGUCAUAUUUUUGAUUUUAGUCAGAUUUCAGAUUGGCUUUUGUGCUGCGCAGUGCACUGUUAUUUUGCAGGUUGGUCUGUCUAAAAACAUACAUAUAAAUGAAUAGGAAGAUAACUUCAGCAAAAGCAUUUGAUUUAACUCAAGCCUACAAUGUGGAUACCUACUCACUUUUUCUUUGGAUUCCUGAAGUAGGCUUUAGAAAUAACAGUGUUGGAUAAUGUAAGUGUGGGAACUUAUGAAAAUAGUGGGAGUUCAUGACAUAUUUGCAGAGCCUUAGAAAAUUUGCAAUCUGUGAUUGCCUUUGUAUUAUAGAAAUGAGUGCUUUUGUCACUAUUUAAGUUUUAUUUUUCUUUUGUAAAUAAUUUAUUGUAUAUUGCUUAUACGUAUAAUUGCUUCUCUAUCUAAUCAUAAUGGUAUUGCCAUGCUAGACCUAGUUACCGAGUUUGGGGUCUAGAUGAUUAAAGUGCAAUCAGUUAUCCACCUGAGCCUUGUAUUCUUUCAUAUUUAUUAUUACUUCUGACAUUUGUUACAAAUAAGCAUCCUCAGAAUCAUAUGCAGUACAGAUAUAAACAAAGCAAUAACACCAGUGUUUAUUAUGUGUCUCCUAAAACUAAAGAAGCCGUGUCAGAGGUUCCAUGGUGUUUGAAAUCGUCACUGUUCCUUAAUGAUUACAUCCCUCUUAAAUAUACCAAUGACCAUUUUCACUGUAAAGAGAAAUCGUGUUGUGUCAAAUCGUGCUUUUUAGCCACAUAGCUGCGUUUUGAAAAGGAAAGUUUUGAAAUUCGAAAGCGGCUGAAUCCGAAACGUGAGACUUGGAAGUGAUUUUUUUGGAAGUGUUGAAAAGGAACAGAAAAAUCAUUUGAAAAGCAUGGUUAAGAUGUAAAACCACAGAAGUGCUGCUGCGCUUGGCGCUGUGUGAACCUUGUCCCCUGCCUUAGCUCAGGUAGACGAAAGAGUGAAAGCUUUAUUUUUUUGGGGUGGUGAAGCACCUUUUUUGUUUUUAAUGUGUCGAGUGUGAGUGUGUGUGUUCAUUGAGUUUUCAACUGUGUAUCCCAUUUCUACUACCUUGAAUCCAAGUGAUAAAAACAAGUAAUGAAUAAAAAAGCUGACUUGCUCUUGGAGUGACUAAGCUGUGGUGUGUUUUUUUGUAUUCUGUCUGGUAAUGUGUCUAGGCAGGGAGUGCUGGCAUGGAUAUUCACAUUCUGACCCCAGUAUUUGUGGACACGUUUUACAAUGCAGGCUGGUCGUCAUGGACAUCAUCGAUAGCACAUACUGUCACUGUUCAGUUUCACACAUGUGUUUGGGGUGAUCAAAUGUAAUGAGGCAUGUAAAAUCAAAAGAAUAAUGGUAAAUGUAUGCCAGUGCUUUUAAUUAGAUCGCCCUAUCUGAA